AUGUUAUUUUUAUUACUCAUUUUGUAAAUCAAUGCAAUUGAAUUCAAUUAAUCACUAGGAAAAAGAGAGAUUACUUGUUUUGGUGAUAGUCUUACUGAAGGACUAACAGUCAUAGGAGAAAUAAGUAGUACAAUAAAAGACUUUAGUAUAAAAAUAUAUGUAUGAUUUUGAAUCUAUUGCAAGAAUCCAAUGAGAUUUAAAAAAGAAGGGUAUUUACAUUAAAGUCAAAAUGAAUUAAUACAAAAAUUUAAAUUUAAAGUGAAAUAUAACCACAAUAUUCAAAUAUGUAUAUAAAAUUUAAGCACGUCAACUAUUUUAUAUUCAUUAAAAUACUAUUAAGAUGAUGAAGAAUAAUCUUAUAAAAUUGAUACCUAAUUACCUAUGACAUAAUUACAACCAAUUGAAAAUCUUAUGGCUUAAAUGAAAAUCUCUUAUGAUAUCAUAAAGGUAAUUAAAUGAUACAAAAAUAGGGAAUGUUUUCAAGUUUAGCAGAAAGAUAAGAAUAAAGACUUUAAUAAUUCUAGUAAUUGGGAUACAGAAUAGCAAUAUCAUCAGUAAUCUUGCUUCUAGUAACAGUCUUAAUAACUAUAUUUGGAACAUAUAGAUAUAAAAAAGUUAUGAAAAGUAAAAAAAUGAUUUGA